UCCAAGGCGCCCUUCGCCUGCAGGGUGCAGGCUGCACCUCCCUGGACCCUGGCUCCCUGCCACCGGCGGCAGUAGAUGACGGCAAGAUGCCGUUAAACCGCGGCUUCCUCCCUCUCACAGUCACAGUCUCGUUCACUGCCCGUGCCGCCUACACACCCGCGUCGCCAAUGGCGGCUCCCGUCAGGGCCCUCCCGCUCCCGUCGCCCGUCGCGCCCCGCAUGACCUUGCGGGACCGCAGCAGCUGCAGCCGGUGCCGCGCCCCCGGAGUUCGCGCGGCGGCGGCGGCGGCGGCGGCGGCGGCGGGUGCUUCGCGGGCGACGGAGCCCGUGGAGGUGGUCGGCGUAGGCAGCCGGAAGGACGCCGUCAUUGACUUCUGCCUGGGCUCACGCACGCUGUCCUCCACCCCCAUCCGCUUCUGGACAGUACAUGUUAUGGAUAAUUCUAAAGUUCAGUUAAUACAAAAAGGUCAUGGAACUGAUGCAGUGUUCAGAGACUUGGAAUCUCCCUUAUUUCUUCAUCCCUGCCCGCCUGCGGUUAUUCUUGUUUCUAGUGCAGGACAAGAUGCUGAUCAUAUUACUGCAAUGGAGCUUCUUAGUGCUGUCAAAUCUGCUGGUAAUCUGGCAGCAUCAAUAUUUUUGAAGCCCUUCUGCUUCGAGGGACAAAGAAGGCAAGUAGAGGCAGCUGAUUUGAUUGGCAAACUUCAAACGUGCUCAAACUUUCAUAUUGUUAUUGAAGCUGAUUCAUUGCUUGAGACGGAAGUGGAAACUCUUGCUGAAGCUUUAGAAAGUGCCAAUAAUGCUGUCCUGUCAACUAUUAGCAUGAUAUCUAUCAUGAUGUCUGGUUAUAAUAAGAUGUUCUGGAGUUCCCUUAAUGCACAAAUUAAAGAAAUUGGUCCUGAGGAAGUAGCCAAGCUACUCAGAAGCUAUGGGGAAGCUAGAGUUGGCUUUGGUGCUGGUUAUAACAUCCAGUCAGCAAUUAAGCAGGCUGUCUUCCACUGUCCAUUUCUUCUUGGUGGCAUAAAGGACUUGAACAAUGUGGUUUUCCUCUCCCUUACAACUGCUCGGGUGUUGUCUGAAAGUGACAUGAUCUCCAUUCUGCACAUCUUUCGUCGAGUUACUGGGUUCAUGAAAGAUAUUAUAUUUUCUAGAAAUUCUGAACCUGAUUUAGAGCCAAAACUGAUAGUAGUAUCUCUUCUAACUACCCGAAACCACUAUGAUGAAAGUGUUUCCACAGUACAAGAGGGCUUUCUUUCAAGUUUGGCCUUUCAUUUUCCUUUUAUAUCCUCUUUUAUGGGAGGAGAUAUCCCUGAACAGAAACAAAUUAGGUCGAAGCAUUCCUUUAAUCGACUGCCUGAGAACAGAACUAAUUCUGUAGAACAAGACGAAUUCUCACAACUUUCUAAUUGGUCAUCUGAUGCUGCUACUGUUCCUAAAUUAUUUCCUGAAGAAUUUGAGGAUUUGGAAUCUGUGAGAGACAGUAAUGACAGGAAUGAGAGAAUAAAGCCAGAAUCUCUGGAAGAUAAUUUGGCAGUUACUGGAGAAAUGAGCAAAGAUGAUGACAGAGAGCAUUUAGCUUCACAGCAGGAACAUCGUUUCUUGAGCAAUUCCCCUGGUUUUGAUAUUGCACAAUUGUGGGCUAAGCAGCGUGCGAUGGCAAAUGGAAGCAGUGAAAAUGAUGAGCUUGAUAUUGUCACUUUUCCUGUUGGUGUAAAACUUAGCAAAGUUCAGUCUGAUCAUUCUCCAAAUACGCAACCUGAAACUCUUGGUGCUGACACAACUGUUGCUACUGGGCAUGCUGCCUUUGGAGUAUCAUUUUCUGAUGUUCCUUUGGAGAAAGUAAUGGACAUGUGUAGUUCUGCAGUCGCAUUUCUGAGGAAUAGAAUGAACAGGUCUCGAAAGCAUGGCUCAAACUCAAUAUCCAGCCGGGCUGCCCUGAUGCUCGAUGCAGAAAGAGAACCAGAAAAGACAUGGAGCCCCAUAGUUGAAAUACGUUAUGGAGGGGGAACUUAUAGAGGUAGAUGCCAAGAAGGUGUUCCUGAAGGAAAGGGACGUCUAACCUUCAGUGACGGAAGCUUUUAUGAUGGACUCUGGAGGUAUGGUAAGAGAUCUGGUUUGGGGACUCUAUUUCACAGUAACGGUGAUGUAUAUCAUGGGACAUGGAGGGAUGACCUUAUUCAUGGAAAGGGCUGGUACUAUUUUCACAGCGGUGACCGCUGGUUCGCAAAUUUUUGGAAGGGGAAGGCUAAUGGCGAGGGUAGAUUUUAUGCCAAGGAUGGGAGUAUCUUCUUUGGUCAUUUCCAAAAUGGAUGGCGCCAUGGGGAGAGCCUGUUGGUAGAUGCAAACGGAUCAAGGUGGAUUGAAGUUUGGGCUGAUGGUGUACUUAUUGACAGAACUAAAAUGGAGAAAUGAGGUUCAGAUCUAAAUAUAUUUUCCAGACAUUUCUAAAACUUUGCUUCUCAGAUGGUAGGGGGCUAUGCUUCAAAAUCUCAGAUGUCGCAAGGCACUCUGGUUUGGAGCCUCUCCACUGUACACGAAGUUGUCAUUCUAUUUCCAGUCUUGAAAGUCGUAAAUAGGUGCCUGUUGGAAGCGCUGUUGAAGUUUUGAUGCCUAAUUUCAAAGGAGCAGACUGUAGCCAUUUCUGUAUAUACCACUAGAAGUAUGGGAGGAGGCUUUUGUUCAUACGGCUGAUGUACCAAGCUGGGAACAGCUACCCAACUGUACCUGAACGUGAAGUGUGUUUGAUUAAUUCCAUUGAUAACCCCUACCCCUAGAUAUUUUCUUCUCGGAUUAGGGUGGUCUGUACAUGGAUGAACAAGCUCUCGUGGCCGUGCUCCUUAUUUCCAACUGAGCGCUUGAGUUUCCACAAAUGUGGGCCCAAAUUGUAUCCUUUCCCCUUUUUUAAAAGUUUCCAUCAAUAUCAUCUACCCAUUAUAUUUUAAUAA